CGCCCGCCCCUCUCGCACUCGCACGCGCACACACGCCGCCCACGCACGCAGCCUCCACGCCGACAGCUCUCUCCGGCAUCUCCAGCACACGCUCUGCACUCUCCGCCGGCGCGUCGUGGGCUCCAGCAUGACUAGGAGGUGAAGACACACCGCCAGCGAGCACCGCCAAGCGACCACCGACCAUGGAGCCGGUCAGCGCCGCCAAACUGUGGCUGGUGCUGAUAGUGACGGCUCUGCUAUCAGCCACGCACGCACAGGACGCCAGAAGAGACGGAGAUGGCGGCAAAGAAGUCAUAGUCGACAUCGAAAACGAGGACAAGACGCAGUAUCACGAGCAGAACUUUAAUAAUACAGGUGCUUACGAGUAUGGAUACGAGGUGGGCCCGGACGGGCAGUUCCACCACGAGAACCGCGGACCGGAUGGCGUGGUGUACGGCUGCUACGGGUACGUGGACCCGGAAGGCAAGCUGAGAGCCACGCAUUACGUGUCGGACGCCUGGGGCUACCGCGUCGUGCAGCCGGGAAGGCCUGUGGAGAUCUUCCUCCACCCACACGACGAAGGGCACGACCACGGCGGCGGUGAGGAGCACGGCCACGAGGGACACGGGCACGGUCACGGUCAUGGGCACCAUGGAGUUGUGACACCGUGGAACAAGCUCUACUUCCCUAAAGGAUGUGGCGGAAUCCGGCCACCAGGGCAACCUGGUGGUGGACCGUUCCCAGGUCCUGGAGGUGGACCGGUAGAAGGAGCUGGCACAGGAACAGAUGGGGGAGCUAUUCUCCCAGGACAAAGACCACCUGGAGGAGGUCCACCAGGUGCACCAGGAUACCCAGGUGCACCAGGCUAUCCAGGAGGACCAGGGGGACCUGGUGGACCAGGAGGACCAGGUGGGCCUGGAGGACCAGUAGGACCAGGAGGACCUACAGGACCAGGUGGUCCAGUAGGACCAGGAGGUCCAGUUGGACCGGGAGGACCAACAGGCCCAGCACCACCAGGGGCACCAGGAGGCCCUGGAGGACCAGGAGGACCUGGAGGACCAGGUGGACCAGGAGGACCACCAGGUAUAGGAGGACCAACAGGGCCUGGAGGACCAGUUAGACCAGGAAUACCAGGAAGGCCAGGAGCACCAGGAACACCAGGAGGGCCAGGAGGACCUGGAGGACCUGGAGGACCAGGAGGACCAGGAGGACCACCAGGUAUAGGAGGACCAACAGGGCCUGGAGGACCAGUUAGACCAGGAAUACCAGGAAGGCCAGGAGCACCAGGAACACCAGGAGGACCAGGAGGACCUGGAGGACCUGGAGGACCAGGAGGACCAGGAGGACCACCAGGUAUAGGAGGACCAACAGGUCCUGGGGGACCUCUUCAACCAGGAAUACCAGGAAGACCAGGAGCACCAGGAACACCAGGAGGGCCAGGAGGACCUGGAGGACCUGGUGGACCAGGAGGACCAGGAGGACCACCAGGUAUAGGAGGACCAACAGGGCCUGGAGGACCAGUUAGACCAGGAAUACCAGGAAGGCCAGGAGCACCGGGAACACCUGGAGGACCUGGAGGACCAGGAGGACCUGGAGGACCAGGAGGACCAGGAGGACCACCAGGUAUAGGAGGACCAACAGGUCCUGGAGGACCUCUUCAACCAGGAAUACCAGGAAGACCAGGAGCACCAGGAACACCAGGAGGGCCAGGAGGACCUGGAGGACCUGGAGGACCAGGAGGACCAGGAGGACCACCAGGUAUAGGAGGACCAACAGGGCCUGGAGGACCGGUUAGACCAGGAAUACCAGGAAGACCAGGAGCCCCAGGAACACCAGGAGGACCUGGAGGACCUGGAGGACCUGGAGGUCCUGGAGGACCAGGAGGACCACCAGGUAUAGGAGGACCUACAGGGCCAGGGGGACCAGGUAUACCAGGAAGACCAGGAGCACCAGGAACACCAGGAGGACCUGGAGGACCAGGUGGGCCAGGGGGCCCUCCAUUCCCAGGAGGACCAACUGGACCAGGAGGACCAGGAAUACCAGGUAUACCAGGAGCACCAGGAGCACCAGGAGGGCCAGGUGGCCCAGGAGGGCCAGGUGGACCUGGAGGGCCACCAGGAAUAGGAGGACCUACAGGCCCUGGAGGACCAGUUAGACCCGGAAUACCAGGAAGACCAGGAGCACCAGGAACACCAGGAGGACCAGGUGGUCCAGGAGGGCCAGGAGGACCAGGUGGUCCAGGAGGACCACCAGGAAUAGGAGGACCUACAGGACCAGGUGGACCAGUCAGACCAGGAAUACCAGGAAGACCAGGAGCACCAGGCACACCUGGAGGACCAGGAGGUCCAGGAGGCCCAGGAGGCCCAGGUGGGCCAGGAGGACCACCAGGAAUAGGAGGACCUACAGGGCCAGGAGGACCAGGAAGACCAGGAGCGCCAGGGACACCAGGAGGACCUGGAGGUCCAGGAGGGCCAGGAGGUCCUCCUUUCCCCGGAGGACCGACUGGGCCAGGAGGACCAGGAAUACCAGGUGUACCAGGAGCACCUGGAGCACCUGGAGGUCCAGGAGGACCUGGUGGACCUGGUGGACCAGGUGGUCCACCAGGAAUAGGAGGACCUACAGGACCAGGGGGACCAGGAAUACCAGGAAGGCCAGGAGCGCCAGGAGCACCAGGAGGACCAGGUGGACCUGGAGGACCAGGAGGUCCAGGAGGUCCGCCAGGAACAGGAGGACCAACAGCCCCUGGAGGACCAGGAAUACCAGGCAGGCCAGGAGCACCAGGGGCUCCAGGUGGUCCAGGAGGACCAGGUGGACCUGGUGGACCAGGAGGACCACCAGUUCCUGGAAUUCCUGGUGUCCCAGGAUACCCAGGAUACCCAGGAGGCUAUCCUACUGGACCAGGUACUUUCCCUGGGGCGCCUGGUUUACCAGGUGCACCAGGUGUACCAGGAGCUCCAGGACAACCUGGAGGCCCAGGAUAUCCUGGAGGACGACCGCCUACAGGACCUAUUGGUUUCCCAGGUACUCCAGGAGCCCCAGGACAACCUGGAGCACCAGGACAACCUGGAGCACCAGGGUUCCCUGGACAGAGACCACCGACUGGACCAGGAGGCUAUCCUGGCGCCCCUGGAAUUCCAGGACAACCAGGCUACCCGGGAACACCAGGCCAGAGGCCGCCGUCAGGACCAGGAGGAUAUCCAGGAGGACCAGGAUACCCAGGCGGAGGUCCAGGAGGAUACCCAGGAUACCCCGGCGCUCCAGGGCUUCCAGGAACACCAGGAUACCCAGGAGGACCGGGACAGAAGCCUCCCACAGGACCUGGCGGAUACCCCGGAGCACCAGGACAACCAGGAGCACCAGGCCUUCCAGGUGUACCAGGACAGCCGGGACAGAGGCCUCCAUCAGGACCUGGAGGAUAUCCAGGAGGAUAUCCAGGCGGAUACCCAGGCUACCCAGGAGCUCCUGGAGGUCCAGGCGCACCAGGAACACCAGGUGUGCCAGGUAAGCCUGGAACACCAGGGACACCAGGCUACCCUGGAAUACCUGGAGGUCCAGGAUAUCCAGGGGGAAGACCGCCAGCAGGAGGAGUACCAGGAGGAUACCCAGGUGGACCAGGUGCACCAGGAGCACCAGGCUACCCAGGGGCACCAGGAUUACCAGGAGGAAGGCCACCAUCAGGAGGAGGACCAACUGCACCAGGAGGCUACCCAGGUCAACCAGGUAGACCAGGAACACCAGGAACACCUGGAGCACCUGGAUUACCAGGGACACCAGGAGGACCAGGAUAUCCAGGAGGAAGACCACCCACAGCACCAGGAGAAUACCCAGGUGGUCCAGGUGCACCAGGAGCACCAGGCUACCCAGGGGCACCAGGAGCACCUGGGGUACCAGGAUUGCCAGGAGGAAGGCCACCAUCAGGAGGAGGACCAACUGCACCAGGUGGCUACCCAGGUCAACCAGGUAGACCAGGAACACCAGGAACACCUGGAGCACCUGGAUUACCAGGGACACCAGGAGGACCAGGAUAUCCAGGAGGAAGACCACCUGCAGGUGGUGGACCCACAGCACCAGGAGAAUACCCAAGUGGUCCAGGUGCACCAGGAGCACCAGGCUACCCAGGGGCACCAGGAGCUCCUGGGGUACCAGGAUUGCCAGGAGGAAGGCCACCAUCAGGAGGAGGACCAACUGCACCAGGAGGCUACCCAGGUCAACCAGGUAGACCAGGAACACCUGGAGCACCUGGAUUACCAGGGACACCAGGAGGACCAGGAUAUCCAGGAGGAAGACCACCUACAGGUGGUGGACCCACAGCACCUGGAGGAUACCCAGGUGGUCCAGGUGCACCAGGAGCACCAGGCUACCCAGGGGCACCAGGAUUACCAGGAGGAAGGCCACCAUCAGGAGGAGGACCAACUGCACCAGGAGGCUACCCAGGUCAACCAGGUAGACCAGGAACACCAGGAACACCUGGAGCACCUGGAUUACCAGGGACACCAGGAGGACCAGGAUAUCCAGGAGGAAGACCACCUACAGGUGGUGGACCCACAGCACCUGGAGGAUACCCAGGUGGUCCAGGUGCACCAGGAGCACCAGGCUACCCAGGGGCACCAGGAGCUCCUGGGGUACCAGGAUUGCCAGGAGGAAGGCCACCAACAGGAGGAGGACCAACUGCACCAGGAGGUUACCCAGGUGGCCCAGGCGUUCCGGGAGUGCCAGGCUAUCCAGGAGCCCCAGGAGUACCGACAGGACCAGGAGCUGGCCAACCACAACCAGGACAACCGGGAACACCAGGUGCUCCUGGACUACCAGGCAGCCCUGGAACACCAGGUCAACCAGGCACACCAGGCUACCCAGGAGGGCCAGGAUAUCCGGGCCAACCAGGAAUAUCUACAGGACCAGGUGGAAGACCACCAACUGGAGGGUACCCAGGAGGACCAACGGGCCCAGGUGCACCAGGACAGCCAGGAGCACCAGGACUACCAGGGCAGCCUGGAUACCCAGGACAGCCAGGAGUACCAUCAGGACCAGGAGGAAGACCUCCCACUGGAGGUUCCCCAGGAGUACCAUCAGGACCAGGUGGAAGACCACCAACUGGAGGGUACCCAGGAGGUCCAACUGGUCCAGGAUUACCAGGAGGACCAGGAUUACCAGGGCAACCAGGACGACCUGGCACACCAGGUCAACCAGGAACGCCAGGAUACCCUGGAGGACCAGGAUACCCAGGCCAACCAGGAAUACCAACGGGACCAGGAGGAAGACCACCAACAGGAGGGUACCCAGGAGGACCAACUGGUCCAGGAGCGCCAGGACAGCCAGGAGCACCAGGAUUACCAGGCCAACCAGGUGCACCGGGUUACCCUGGAGGUAGACCACCAUCACCAGGCUAUCCAGGAGGUCCAGGAUUACCAGGCACACCAGGACAACCAGGAGUACCAGGACAACCAGGAUAUCCAGGAGGACCAUCAGUCCCUGGUGGCCGACCACCUACUGGAGGUUACCCUGGAGGACCAACUGGGCCAGGAGGACCUGGAUUACCGGGUCAACCAGGACGACCUGGUGCACCAGGACAACCAGGAACGCCAGGCUAUCCAGGAGGACCAGGAUAUCCAGGCCAACCAGGAAUACCAACAGGACCAGGUGGAAGACCUCCAACUGGAGGCUACCCAGGAGGACCAACUGGCCCAGGAGCACCAGGACAGCCAGGAGCACCAGGACUACCAGGGCAACCUGGAUACCCAGGACAGCCAGGAGUACCAUCAGGGCCAGGAGGAAGACCACCCACUGGAGGUUACCCAGGAGUACCAUCAACACCAGGUGGAAGACCACCUACUGGAGGUUAUCCAGGAGGUCCAACUGGUCCAGGAUUACCAGGAGGACCAGGAUUACCAGGGCAACCAGGACGACCUGGCACACCAGGUCAACCAGGAACGCCAGGAUACCCUGGAGGACCAGGAUACCCAGGCCAACCAGGAAUACCAACAGGACCAGGAGGAAGACCACCAACAGGAGGGUACCCAGGAGGACCAACUGGUCCAGGAGCACCAGGACAGCCAGGAGCACCAGGAUUACCAGGACAGCCAGGAUACCCAGGACAGCCAGGAGUUCCAACAGGCCCAGGUGGAAGACCUCCUACUGGAGGCUACCCAGGGGCACCAGGAGGACCAACAGGUCCUGGACUACCAGGAGGUCCAGGAUUACCAGGCCAACCAGGACGACCUGGCACACCAGGUCAACCAGGAACACCAGGAUACCCUGGAGGACCAGGAUACCCAGGCCAACCAGGAAUACCAACAGGACCAGGAGGAAGACCACCAACAGGAGGGUACCCAGGAGGACCAACUGGUCCAGGAGCACCAGGACAGCCAGGAGCACCAGGAAUACCAGGACAGCCAGGAUACCCAGGACAGCCAGGAGUUCCAACAGGUCCAGGUGGAAGGCCACCUACUGGAGGUUACCCUGGAGCACCAGGAGUACCUGGGCUACCGGGAGGGCCAGGAUUACCAGGCCAACCUGGACAACCUGGUACACCAGGACAACCAGGAAAACCAGGAUAUCCUAGUGGACCAGGAUAUCCAGGCCAACCAGGAAUACCAACAGGACCAGGUGGAAGACCGCCAACUGGUGGGUACCCAGGAGGACCAACUGGCCCAGGAGCACCAGGACAGCCAGGAGCACCAGGAAUACCAGGACAGCCUGGAUACCCAGGACAGCCAGGAGUUCCAACAGGCCCUGGUGGAAGACCACCUACUGGAGGUUAUCCAGGAGCACCAGGAGGACCAACAGGUCCUGGACUACCAGGAGGUCCAGGAUUACCAGGCCAACCUGGACGACCUGGCACACCAGGUCAGCCAGGAACACCAGGAUACCCAGGAGGACCUGGAUACCCAGGUCAGCCAGGAAUACCAACAGGACCAGGAGGAAGACCACCAACAGGAGGAUACCCAGGAGGACCAACUGGUCCUGGAGCACCAGGACAGCCAGGAGCACCAGGCUUGCCAGGUGCACCAGGUUACCCUGGAGGUAGACCACCUUCACCAGGCUACCCAGGAGGUCCUGGAUUACCAGGUGCUCCAGGACAGCCAGGAGUACCUGGACAACCAGGAUAUCCAGGAGGGCCAUCAGGGCCUGGUGGUAGACCACCCACAGGAGGGUACCCUGGAGGACCAUCUGGGCCAGGAGGACCAGGAUUACCAGGACGACCUGGCAUACCAGGUCAGCCAGGAACACCAGGACAGCCAGGAGGACCAGGAUACCCAGGCCAACCAGGAAUACCCACAGGACCAGGUGGAAGACCACCAACUGGUGGUUUACCAGGAGGACCAAUUGGUCCAGGAGCACCAGGACAGCCAGGAGCACCAGGACAGCCAGGUACACCAGGAGUACCAGGACAGCCAGGAUACCCAGGACAGCCAGGACUGCCAGGAGGACCAGGUGGAAGACCACCCACUGGUGGAUAUCCAGGAGCACCAGGAGGGCCAACAGGACCUGGUGGACAGCCACCUACUGGUGGUUACCCUGGAUCACCAGGUGUACCAGGUUAUCCAGGAUACCCAACAGGACCUGAGGGACCAACAGGACCUGGAGGCAGGCCUCCACCUGGAUAUCCUGGAGGGCCUGGAGCACCUGGGGCUCCAGGUACUCCUGGAGCACCUGGACUCCCUGGACAACCUGGAACACCAGGGUACCCAGGAGGACCAGGAGGACCUAGUGGAGGACAACCACCUUCUACUACUCCAGGAGGCGGAGCGCCCCCGGUGCAGCUGGUGCCCUACCCGCUGCCCAUCGUGCCAGUCCCGGGCCUGUGCCCGUGCUACCUGGUCGAGCCCAGCGCCAACGGUACGUCUGGCAACGUGAGCCUGCCGCCGACGCCUCCCCCCUACAGGCCUCCGCCGACCUACAGCCCGCCCCCGCAGCAGCAGGGCGGCCUGCCGCCCUACGCCUUCAUCGGCUUCAUCCCAGUCAUCUUCUACCCGUAUUGCCCGGGCAACGGCAGCGACCCCAGCCAGACGCUGCAGCCCAUGUUCCCCUCGGCGGUGCUGGCGCCCUACCCCUGCUCGCAGUGCGGCUCGGGCAGUGGGGAGCAGCUGCCGCCGCCCACGCUGGCGCGCUUCGACCCCUCCUCCAGCUUCGGCCGCGUGCUGGACCUCGCCAACAUCCCGCUCACCUCUGUCGUCAGGGCGCCGCACCGGCGAGUCAUGAAGCGCAGGCAUCGAGUGCUCCCUGCCACGGCACCGGCGCUCUGAGACUGACAGCCCGUACAGAAUCGCUCUCGCCUCUCCUGAAGAUGACCACUUCCGUUGCCUUCGAAACGCUACCGUGCCUCCAGCUCAAGUGGCCUACCAGACAGCAUGAACUGGGACACGAAACUACAAACAACUGUUGUACAUCUAUUCCACAUAUACGUAACAAGGGUGGUAUACACUUUGCGAUAGUUCUAGGCGCCAGUUUCCUUUGUUGGUCACGUCACGAUCUUACCAGAGGGUGCCAACAUUUUGCAAAAUGUCUGCUGGCUUUCGUGGCCGUUGUCACUGAAGUUAAAAUCUUCUGGGUUAUAGUGUCCUAGCAGUAGUGGACACCAAAUGAUCCUGACGAAGAUCCCAGCAGAAACGUCGAA